GCUGACUGGGGGCUGCGGGGUUCAGCCUGGGACAGCCGCCUCCCUCGCGGGGGUUGGACGCUGGGAAAGCAGCGUUUAGCAGUCAUGUGGCCUGUGGUACACUACCUUCCUGGGCUUUCUCUCCCUGCCUCUACUCGCACGCGCCGCAGCUUGUGGGCCGGGAGGCACCCGCAGGCGGGGUGCUCUCGGGCUGGAGUCGACGUGCCAUCAUUUAGCGGCAGAGUAGGUGCCCAUCAGGUGGGACUUGGGCUAGCAAAGGUCUGAGGCCUCUGCCAACCUAGGGUGGGGGUGCGGAGUGGAGUAUUUAUGAACUCAGCAAGUAUUUAUUGAGCGUCAAUAAGCAAACAGCACUUGCCUACAUUGUAGGGAUGGAGGAGGUUCCGACAAAAAAUAAAUAAGUUAUGUUGGAUAGUACAAAUCUGAAUGACGGGAGGAAGGUAGUGUAUAAGUGUCUGAGGGAAGAGCAUUGAAGGUAAAGAGAACGGCGAAUGCAAACGCCCUGAAGGGUAUGUUUGAGGAACAGCAAACCAGAGAGUGCAGGGGAAACUGGGAGGUAGACCUUAAUGAUCUGCAUAGGUCAUUGUAUGGAUUUGGGCUAUUUACCUUAAGUGAAAUGGAGAGUACUGCAGGGUUCUAAGCAGAAGAGCUGAUUAUCAAACAUUUAGGAUGCUCACAGGCUCAGCACUAAGUGUGUACAGGUGAAUUCUUCCCUGGGUUUAUAAUCUCGUGGGGAAACAGGCAGCUGUCAUGCAAAGCUGGGUCAGAUAAUUGGAGCCCCAUGAAAGCUGAACGAAUGUUAUCCCCAAGUCCCCAGGAUGUAGUGUUCUGUCAGGUGCUUAGUAACUUUGUUGAAUGAAAGUAAGGAAUAGUCCCAAUAUUCAGUACUGGACCCAUAAUGAGGGCUCAGAAAAGAUUUUGAAUGAAGAAACGGGAAAUAAAUGAAAUCUCACUUCUUAAUACUGUUACAAUGGCAAUUAAAUUUCAACCUGAAUGUGAGAGGGGGACAAACAUUCAAACCAGAGCAGCAGUCAGGUUCAUACAGAUAGUAAAUGUAAAGGUGCUGCCAGGAUUGGGUAAUGGAGAGUUACCUAAGGGUCACAGAAUUUCACUUUAGGAAGAUGAACAAGCUCUGGAGAUGGACGGUGGUGAUGGUGGCAAACAAUGUGGAAGCUCUUAGUGUGUUUUUAGCUGCACAUUUACAAAUGGUUAAAAUGGUAACUCCUAUGUCAAAAAAAAAAAAAAAAAAAAAAAGCUAAAUCUGGGCGUAGAUAAUGUCCCACACAGAUUGAGCAGAUCUCUGCUUCUGUGAUAUCCAACUUCACCUUUGCUUUCUGAGGAUCCCUAGGUGGCAAUCACCUAAUUAGUAUUUACUGAGCUUCCAUUCUGUUCCAGGCCUUAUGCCAGUUAACGGAGAUACAAAGAUACAAAAGAGUUGGGCUCUGCCUUCAGGAGUGUUAGCUUGUUUUAUUACUCUUCUGGUGGUGGUUGGAGUUGUUUUUAUUUGAUUUUCAAGAUUAUUGCAUCCCAAGUUCCUGGUCUAAGAAACAUCCUCAGGGACUACAGAGAUUUGGAGAAGCAUGAGGUAAAAGGAGGGGAAAAGAAAGGAAGGGAGUGAGAGUGGUGGCGGUAAAUUUCAGUUCAAUUCAACAAAAAAUAAACAUUGCUGUUUUCAAGGCACUAUACUGUGAACUCUUCAGUGUUUAGGUAAAUGUAGGUAUAAGCCCUCCUACAAAGGAAUUCAGUUUGAUAGGAGAGAAAAUACCAGCACAGACUUUCCAGUUUUUAAAAACAAUAGUGGAAGUCUGUAGCUCCUAGGAUCUCCUAUCCUUGAUCUCUUUUCUCUGCCUCAGCGAGACUACCUGCAGAGAGAGCUCUGGAUCCGUUGCCUCCCAGUCAUUCCCCAACAGGCCCCGGCAUACAGGAGGAGCUUGGUGGAAUGUUUAUGAACUAAUGAAUGGUCAACACAGUCUGGUUGAAAGAACAGAGGACUAAGCACAUGGACUGGAGAUUGGAAGGGAGUACUCAGAAAGUAGAGUCACCUGUGCUGAAGGGGGAAGACGGCAUCCUAGAGGAGACAGGUGAAGAUGGACUUCCUGAAGGCUUCCAGCUUCUGCAGAUUGAUGCGGAAGGCGAGUGCCAGGAGGGAGAGACCCUGGCCACAGGCGGUACAGCAUGGUGCUCGAAAAAUGUCCAGAGAAAACAGAGACACUGGGAAAAGAUAGUUGCAGCAAAGAAGAGCAAAAGAAAGCAAGAAAAAGAACGAAGAAAAGCCAAUCGUGCAGAAAAUCCAGGCAUCUGCCCCCAGCACAGCAAACGUUUCCUGAGAGCUCUAACCAAAGAGAAACUUUUGGAAGCCAAACACUCAGGACCAAGACUGUGUAUCGAUUUGAGUAUGACCCACCACAUGUCAAAGAAGGAAUUGAGUAGACUGGCUGGACAGAUUCGAAGGUUGUAUGGUUCAAACAAAAAAGCUGACAGGCCAUUUUGGAUCUGCCUCACUGGAUUCACAAUAGACAGUCCCCUUUAUGAAGAGUGUGUGAGGAUGAAUGAUGGAUUUUCUAGUUACCUGCUAGAUAUAAAAGAAGAAGACUGCUUUAGUUUAUUUCCUCUGGAAACCCUUGUGUACCUGACUCCUGACUCGGAACAUGCUCUUGAAGAUGUUGAUCUAAACAAAGUUUACAUCCUUGGUGGGCUUGUGGAUGAAAGCAUUCAGAAGAAGGUGACAUUUCAAAAGGCCUGGGAGUACUCUGUCAAGACCGCACGCUUGCCAAUCCAGGAAUACAUGGUCAGAAACCAGAAUGGGAAAAACUAUCAUUCAGAGAUCCUGGCCAUCAAUCAAGUGUUUGAUAUCCUGUCGACUUACUUAGAGACUCGCAACUGGCCUGAAGCAUUGAAGAAAGGAGUUACUUCAGGAAAAGGCUAUGUUCUUCGGAACUCAGUGGAAUGAUGGGCCUAAGAUUGCAGUUGCACCUUCAAAUGACAAGUAAGACAAAGAAGCUGGCUCACUCCCUCCAACAUCAACUUUGAAUAUAUCUCCAGAUUUAGCUGUCACUAUGCCAAUCACAUGGUCUCCUUUCACUGGAACAUACUACAAAAGGAAAUAGAAUGAGAAAACAGCCAUAAAUGACAAGCUAUCAUUGGAAGAUACCUUCAGCAAGUCCUUCGUGGUUACUUUAUUGUCAUUAAAGAGAAUUCUGAUCAUAUGCCACUUUCGGUAAAAGGAAAAUCACAUCAAAAAGUGUCAGGUGUGCAGCUUCUGGUAGUCUGUUAAUUGAGUCCAAACCCCACUAUCUCUUCGGCACCCCAACCAGUAAGUCCCUAGCUUUGUGGCAUAAGUUCAGUGGCAAAGGAAUCCUUACAAACAAGGAAGCCCAUUCCAUAAACAAUUUUUUCUAUACGAAAGUUCUUACCUGUUCUAGGAGAAAUUAACUCCCUAUGACAUCCACUCAUUGAGCCUGGUCCUGCCCUCUGAGACUUCAAUGGGCAAGCCUGCUGCUCCCUGACGUUUGGGGUUUUGAAGACUAUAAUCAUGACUCACGGUCUCCAAACGUUUUCUCUCCUGGUCGCCCUUCUCAGGCUAUGUUCCUAUUGUUCACGGUCCCUCUAAAGGACAUGCAGAAGUGGGCACAAGACUACGGUGGCUCUAGGUUUGCCUGAACAACAGAGGGCCUCAGGAUCCCAUCCCUUCUUCUUUUGGGAGGUCUUCUCAAACCAGGGCUAUCACUCUCACGGCCGCACCACCCCUCCAGAGUCCUAGCUCACCCGCUUCUGCUGAGAGUCCACCCAGUAAACACCGCCGCCGCUGCCACUGCCAGGCUCCUUGUGACGGAGGCGGCCGCACUUGGUGACCAGCAGGCGGUCCCCACAGCGCCGCAAGCCCGGGCCGCAUACAACGCGCACCCGCGA